AUGCCAUCUCAAAAUUUUGCUGGUCAUCUGCUUGGCCCUCUUUGGCAAGCUUUUUAUCCAGUCCAAACUGAUAAAAAACCAAAAGCAAAAUGCAUUUUUUGUAGUCCUGAUAAACCUAUAUCAAGUACUGCAGCAGUGAUGAUAAGAGAUUCAAUUCCUAUACAAGAUCAACAACUUGACAUUUCAUUAGAUAAAUCAAUUACACCUUCUAUGUCAGCUUUGAAUUGUUUAAUUGCUUCUAUACAAGCAAAUCAUUUUUUUUCACCACCACUACCAGUUGAUAUAAAUAAAUCUAAUAAUUUAUUAUUAGAAGCUAUAAUAGAAGGUGGAGCUCCUCUUUCUUUUGUAGAAUUAAAAAAAUUUAAACAGUUUGUUUAUUCAAUCAAUACACAUUAUCAUGUUCUAGCAAGAAAGCAACUUUCAAAUAAAAUUCUUGAUGAUGUUUAUAAAAAAGAUACUUUUGAUAAAAGUCAAAAUUCGAUGGUUAUUUUUAGAGAUUUAGAGAAUACUGUAAUUCAAGUUGGCAUUGAAAAAAUUAAUGCAAUUAUUACUGAUAGAGCAGCUAAUUAUAUUCAUAUGAAGGCAAUGUUUAAUCAACAAUAUCCAAGAAUUUUAUCUUUGCCAUAUACUGCACAUGAAUCAAAUUUGUUAGUUGGAGAUAUGUUAAAACAUACAUAUAUGAAAUCAACUAUUAGUUUGACUAUGCAAAAUAAUAAACAAUAUUUAAAAGAUGCAGCAUAUGAAAUGGGAUCACGAUUAGAUAAAUAUAUCGUAUUAAUUCUUAAAGAUAAUGCUCGAAUGCAAAUAACUGUUAAUACUAUUGAUGAUAACACUUUUCAACAAUAUAUUAGUACACGAAUUCAAUAUCGAUGGAAUCGAAUAUAUAGCUCAGUUUUUCUUAUAUGUUGGUCUCUUCAUCCAAAAUAUACACUUGCACAAGCUAUUUGUCCAGAGCUUGCAACUCUUAUUAAAAAAGAAGCUAGUAAUUGGGACGAUUAUCUUAUUAAGGAUCCAGUAUAUUUUUGGAAUAAUUUUCAAAGUGAAAUUUCCAAAUUGGCACUUUUUGCUUCUUGA